GGUCCUCGCCACGCCCUCUAUUUAUGCGCCUGCGCACUGCGGGAACGCCGGCCAUUUCUCCAUCAGUCUGGAAGGGCGUUGUUGAGCUGUCAAAGAUAAUAACUACCAUGACUUCUGGUGCUUUGACGAAACCUCAGAUGCGAGGCCUUUUGGCCAAGCGCCUGCGAUUUCAUAUUGUUGGAGCGUUCGUUGUAUCCCUGGGAGUUGCAACCUUGUAUAAGUUUGGUGUGGCUGAACCAAGAAAGAAGGCAUAUGCAGAUUUCUACAGAAACUAUGAUUCCAUGAAAGAUUUUGAGGAGAUGAGGAAGGCUGGUAUCUUUCAGAGUGCAAAAUGAUCUUGGAAUGUAAAGAAUUUCUUUGGGUUGAAUUCCGUGGAAGUUUGUCACUUACCUGCGUUCCUGAACUAUGAAACUAUGAAUAUCUUGGUUAAGGAGUAGUUUCUCUUGAUAAAUAAACAAUUAACAGAUA